AUAUAUUGGCGUACAGAGCAUACCAUAUAGCAGGACGACGGCACCACCUCCAUCUUGAUCUGUCCAGAUCCUUCCACUGCCAUUCCAAUCCUGUUCGGAAAGCAUUGCACUGGCGUCAAUCCGAAAUUGAUCAAAUCCCGUGCCGCUGACCUGCCAUCGAUGAGAUUGCUCCUACUCCUCUCCACGCUGGUAUGGGUGGCCCUGGCUUCGGCUUCGGUGCCUACCCAUGCCAAUGCAACUGUCCCUCGAUGGAUGACGCUACCCAAGACACCUAAGCUGCCGCAGCCUUACCAGGAGGGUCGCGUGAAGCGACCCGACGGGACGUCCAUCUGGUACGGCAAGUGGUUUGCCCAGCAAGACAGUGCACGCGGAAGGAAACGAGCCGCUGCUCACCCACCGCUGGUUUUCCUUCAUGGCGGUCUUGGCGCUUCGACAUGGCUGGGCCACCAGAUUGAGCAUUUCAAGCAAACCCGGAACGUCGUCGCAAUUGAUUCGCGUGGACAAGGACGCUCGACCUUCAAUGAUACCAUCACGUAUGAUCUUAUGACCGACGACGUCGUCGCAGUCCUCGAUCAUCUCAACGAACGGAAUGCGUCAUUUGCUGGGUGGUCUGAUGGCGCCAUCAUAAUCCUCGAUAUGCUUAUGCGCCAUCCAUCUCGUUUGGAGCGAGGCUUUGCAUUCGCUGCCAAUUACGACAUUGCAGGUACGCAGGAUGUGACCAAGUCACCCGUCUUCACUGAAUACCUGAAGCGCACAGAGAACAUUUACAACCGUAUCAACCCCUCAGCCGAGUACACAGGCCUGCAGAACAGCAUCUUCGACAUGUGGGCCCGUGAACCCAACGGGACGAAGGAAGACUUCACGUCUAUUCCUUCGGCCGAUGCUCGAAGAGUCUGGGUCGUAGACGCCGAUCACGAAGAGGCGGUCAAGAUCACGCAGCUUUACGAUAUGAGUGCAUGGCUGCCCGAUGCCGGUACGAUAAUUCUGCCUGCCGUGUCCCAUUUUGCGUUCAUGCAGGACCCCAAGUUCUUCAACCAAGCUCUUGAGGACUUGCUGCAAUAUCCUUUAUAAGUUGCACCCCAGCAUAUGCGCUUACUCUGUUGCAGUCUCAUAUAUUCUGCCACCUGUCAAAAGCUACCUGGUUGAAGUUUAGUGAGCACUCCCCAGAGUGACCGAAUCGGAUUAUGAGG